GCGGAGUGGCCGAGGAAGUUGUGCCGCCUGGAAGUGGCCGAGGGCGAGACCGACCUGUGUGAGGCAGCUUUAUUUUUAUUCCAGGAGGUUUACUCAGCAUGUUCCCACUGGCUGAAAAAGACAAGCCUAUUGCCCGGUUCCUGUUCAGUACUGGCACUUGUCCACGAUGUAUCUUCAGAUUCUGUUGUGUGGAUUUUCAUGCACCUUACAAACUUCCAUACCAGGACUUGAUUAGGGAGCUAGAGAAUUUCCUGAAAACUGAAGAUGAUGAUUUAACUUUGGAAGCCACCAAACCACCCCUCAAGAAAAUUCGAUUGCAAGAUGGUGAGGCUCAAAUUGAUGAUUGCAGUCAAAAUGGUGGGGAAAUGACUGCCAUUGUGAAGGACGAAAACAUGAUGCUUGAGAAGUCAUAUCUAAAUGCAUGCAAUAUAUGCUUGGGAAUUCUUCAAGAAUUCUGUGAGAAGAAGUUUAUUAAAAAGGUGUGUCAGAAGGUUGAGUCUGCUGGGUAUGAGUUCACCAACUUGGUAUUUUCGGUGUCGUUCCCGCCACAGCUGUCUGUAAGAGAGCAUGCUGCAUGGUUGCUGGUAAAACAGGAAAUGGGGAAACAGGGCCUGUCACUAGGAAGAGAUGAUAUUGUUCAGCUUAAAGAAGCCUACAAAUGGAUUACUCAUCCCUUGUUCUCAGAGGAGCUAGGUGUUCCUGUUGAUGGAAAGAGCUUGUUUGAAGUAAGUGUGAUCUUUGCUCACCCUGAAACAGAUGAGGAUUGCCACUUCCUGAGCACUUCAUGCCCAGAUUGUUUCAAGCCAGCCAAAAAUAAGCAGUCUGUAUUCACUAGAAUGGCAGUUGUGAAAGCUUUGGACAAAAUAAAAGAAGAAGAUUUCCGCAAGAAGUUUCCUUGUCCUCCAAAUUCACCAAAGAGUUUUUGCUCUGCUGUUGAAAUUGAAUGUGCUCAUGGUGCAGUCUUUGUAGCUGGAAGAUAUAAUAAAUACUCCAGAAAUUUACCACAAACUCCCUGGAUAAUUGAUGGAGAAAGAAAACUGGAGUCCUCGGUGGAAGAAUUGAUUUCCAGUCAGCUGUUGACAGUAUUUAAAGCUGAGAGUUUUAAUUUUUCAUCAUCUGGAAGAGAAGAUGUGGAUGUUAGAACAUUAGGAAAUGGAAGGCCCUUUGCAGUUGAACUGGUGAAUCCUCGGAGAGUCCAAUUCACCUCACGAGACAUCAAAGAACUUCAGCAGAAAAUCAACAUCUCUUCAGACAAAAUCCAAGUUCGAGACUUGCAGCUUGUUACCAGAGAAGCAAUAGGACAUAUGAAAGAAGGUGAAGAAGUGAAGACUAAGACUUAUAGUGCCUUAGUCUGGACAGAUAAAGCAAUACAGAAGAAGGACAUUGAAUUCCUAGAUGAUUUAAAGGACUUACAGAUCAACCAGAAAACACCACUUCGGGUUCUUCACCGAAGACCUUUAGCCAUAAGAACUCGUAUCAUUCACACCAUGGAAACACACUAUAUAGAUGAGCAUCAUUUUCGUCUCCAUUUGAAGACUCAGGCAGGAACUUAUAUUAAAGAGUUUGUGCAUGGAGACUUUGGGAGAACCAAGCCAAAUAUUGGUUCCCUAAUGGAUGGGACAGCUGAUAUCCUGGAGCUGGAUGUAGAGUCUGUCGAUGUUGACUGGCCACCUGCUCUGAACGAUUAACUUUCAAGAUGGGAAUCAGAAGAACAGCUUUGUUAUUAUCCAGCAGAAGACAUCUGUUCUGUUUACAUAUUAGAGACUGCAAGAUAACUUUUUUCUCCCUCAAGUGUCUUUAAGACUCACUUGGAUCACAUUGAUCUGAACAGUUUUCUAAUCAUUAGCAUUUAUUCAUCUAACUGCCAUUUUUUUUAGACAUUAAGUUGGUCUGAGGAUAUUUUGUUGUGGUUUUUCUUUUCACCCACCUAUGAAAUAGUAACUGAUAAUGCUUUUUCUCCACUUCUUUCAUUUUGAGAGGUAUGUAGACUACAAGAUACAUGUGCUGACAUUUAAUAGACCCACAAUUCAUUAUUCCUGGAGAAAUGAAAUCUUCUUCAGUGGAUGAGAUAUACUAUGUUCCUUUUGUGCUCUGAAUCAAAAAAUUUCUCUGUUCUUUGAAAUAAGUCAGCUGUAAGCUAUACAUAGGCUUAUGAAACAUAUUAUGAAAGGAAGGGAGGUGAUGUAGGGGGAUUGAGUGCUGGAUGUGGAGUCAGGAAGACUUGAGUUCAAAUCCAUUCUCAGUCCCUUACUAGUGUGACCUUAGGCAAGUAUGUUAAACUCUCAGCCUGAGUUUCCAAAUAGGAAUAAUAAUAGCACCUACCACUCUGGGUUAUUGUGAGGAUAGAAGGAGAUAGCACAUGUAAAACGUUGGGCAAACCUUAAAGCAUUAUGUAAAUCUUAGCUUUUAUUUUCAUCAGAUAAACAUUCUAGGAAGUACAAAGCUAAUCUCAGCUAAUUGAUUUUUUAAAGAAUUACUUGUUAAUUUUAUUAUAAUGUGCUGUUUAGCACACAUUUUACUAACUACCCUAUUAACCUGGUAUUGCUAACAUUUUUUCCUGUGGAAGAAAAACAAAGACUCAUGAGUAAUGAUACAGAUAUGGAGAGAGAGAGAGAGAGAGAGAGAGAUAUA